AUGGUGUUGGCUUCCCCAAACCCAAUAAGGAGCGAAGGGAUUCUCCGCAGAGAGAUUCCCGUGGUGGACCUCUCAGGGGAGAGGUCAGAAGUGGCAAAGCUCAUCGUCAAAGCCUGCGAAGAAUACGGUUUCUUCAAAGUCAUAAACCACGGUAUCAGCAACCAAGUUAUUGCCAAGACUGAAGAAGCAGGGUUUGGUUUCUUUGGGAAACCGGUGUUGGAGAAGAAGGUGGCGGCACCUGCAUACGGGUGCAAGAACAUAGGUGUCAAUGGAGACAUGGGUGAGGUUGAGUACCUUCUCCUCAGUGCCACCACUCACUCCAUUUCUCACAUAUCCAAAACUAUAUCCACUGACCCAUUAAACCUCAGCAAAACCUUGAGUGCAUACACAGAAGCAGUGAAGGAGCUGGCAUGUGAGAUAUUGGAGGUGAUGGCAGAGGGGCUGGGGGUCCCGGACACUUGGGUUUUCAGCAGAUUGAUAAGGGAUGAUGAAAGUGACUCAGUGCUGAGACUCAAUCACUACCCACCUAUAAUUAACAGAGAGAGUUGCAAGGAGAAGGACAAAGAUAAGGACAAGUCAUCACAAUUUAGCAAGGUUGGGUUUGGGGAGCAUUCUGACCCUCAGAUUCUCACCAUUCUCAGAUCCAACGACGUGGGUGGCCUCCAGAUUUCUCUUCCAGAUGGGGUGUGGAUCCCAGUCACCCCUGACCCCUCUGCAUUCUAUGUGAACGUGGGUGAUGUACUACAGGUUAUGACAAAUGGAAGAUUUGUGAGCGUGAGGCACAGGGCUAUGACGAACUCAUACAAGUGUAGAAUGUCAGUGGCAUAUUUUGGGGCUCCACCUCUGCAUGCUACCAUUGUUGCUCCCUCAGUUAUGGUCACACCUCAGAGGCCUUCUCUCUUCCGACCCUUCACUUGGGCAGAAUACAAGAAAGCCACUUACUCUCUCAGGCUUGGAGACACACGCAUUCAGCUUUUCAGAAACUGCAAACACUAA